GGUAUAAUAUUGCUAAUAUAAGUUUUGUUUUAUGUAUGUAGAAGUCGAUAGCAGUUACGUUUUUGCAAGACAUCUCUUUUUAUCGAUACUACCGCUAGAUAAGCAACUUGAGAUCAAAACAAAACUCGACUAGUAUUAUUUGUUAAUUAAGGCCCUUUAUCGUAACAGCGUAUGAUCUAAACACUCGACGUAUAACUGAGAUAAUAGAUUUGUUAGUUUGUGAAAUCGUUAGUCAAUUGUUUUUUUGUUUUGCUUCAUUGCCAAAAUGUCUACACAACAAGAACAAUUAACUUAUAUUGAAAAAAAUUUAGUCUUUGAGAUUUCUAAAUAUUUUGGAAAGGAAGCUAAACUAGUCUCACAUCGGGUGGAGUGUUCCAAUGGCUUGGAUGGUUUCAUGUCGGCGUUAUAUAACGUCGAGCUAGAGCUAGAGAUAUCGGGCGAGCCAAGAAAAGAAACUGUUUUGGUUAAGUUUAUGAAGGGCAACAAGGCAUUUCGCAGCUCUAGCAAAUCUUACACACAAUUUGCCAAUGAGGUGUUCGUCUAUGCUGAAAUCAUUCCUGCCUUUGAGCACUUGUUGCGAAGCAGCAAACUCUCUACAAACCUUGCAGUGGAUAUGGUGCCGAGGUGCUAUCGUGCUGAGUUCGGCCGUAUUGAGGGCUUGGGUGAAGAUCUCGAAUCCGUACUGGCGCUCAAGCACCUAACGACCGAUGGUUUUUCGCUUGGACCCCGUAUUGUACUGCGCCACGAUCAAUUGGAGGCCAUGUGCGCCGUUGUAGGCACCUACCAUGCUCUUGGCUAUGCCCUGCGUGUGGUACAGCCGCAAGUGCACGAGCGCCUUAGAGCUGGGGUGAUCCCGUUGCCAUUUGUGGCCGAUGCCACUCAAACCACAAACAUCUACCACGUGCUCUAUAGUGCUGCCAUGGAGCGUUUUUACAAAUUUUAUGAUAGGAAGAGACAGGAUUUGCUUAAAGUGGACGAACUGGAGCAGGAUAGGCGGUUUGCUGGUGCGUUAGAGCUGCUACGGGAAAAGUAUUUUGCCCACCCCGUGAAGUUAUUAGAGCGCAUUCGUACAGGCUCAUACGACACUGCGCAAACGGAUAGCUACUUCAGCACUUUUCUGCAUGGAGAUUUUAAUCGCAACAACGUUCUCUUUCACUACUCUAAUAGCCACGGCGUUGGCGACGGUACCGUCAACGGUAUUAAAGUGAUUGACUUCCAGGAGCUUCGCUAUAGCACACCGGCCAUCGACUUAAGCUUUUUCAUGUACAUGAACACGCCGCCUGAAGAUCGUGACAUAUUAUUUGCGAGCUUGCUGAGAAAGUAUCAUAAGCACAUGCACGAGGUGUUAGAGCUGGUGCUGCAACGCAAUAGAAAUACGCUGUCAGAAGCUGAUCUGCAGGGUAUUCUGGACAAUUACAGCUUUGAACGCUUCGAGGCGCACUUUAACCGUUAUGCCUUCUAUGGUGCUAUGGUUUGCAUGCACUUCAAGCCUUGGCUUCUUGGCACCGAAUCAGACUGCGAAGCGUUAUCUAAACUUUUUGAGUCAGACAUGCAUGGCACAGCAUUUUGGCAACUGUCGCUGGACAUUGCCGGCGACAAGGCAAAUCAUGAAAUAUUCAAAAUAAUGCGGCAUGCAUUCAAACAGGGAUAUAUGGAUGCAAUUUAAGUUCUGCGCCCCUUGAAGAACAAUACAACACAUUUUCCAAACACAUACAUAUGUACAUACAUACAUAUGUAUAUUUGUAUUCUACUUCUCUAUACAAUGUAUGUACAUACAUACAUAUGUAAUUAUAUACAUACAUAUGUAUAAAUAUAUAAAACAAUUUGUCUGGGUAACUCACUGACUGAUUGAUGAUCAACGCACAGCCCAAAUGGCAUUAAUAAAUUGUGCAGUCGAUACAGAUUACAAUAAAAAUAUACAAAAAUAUAA